AUAGCCUGCCGAGUGCUCAAAGGAUGCCCGCAUGUAGCUUUCCUGUCCUGCUGGUCAUCUUUUUCAACCUCCUCUUCCCCCCGGUGACUGUCGCCUUCGUCCUCUCUUCCCCCUUAGCAACGCCAAACCAGCGAUCUGUGGUUUGUUUACGCAGUACAAUACAGAAUGUAAUCGGAGAAAUAUUACCCACCCUGGAUCCCACCUUGAAAGUUACAAGAGUAUCGGUUGAAGACCCCUCCGCCGAGCGCCCUGUCUGUGGCUAUUUGGUGGAAGCCGAGAUAUAUGGGCCAGACGUGAAGAAAACGUACAACCAGGCAUUGAAAGCCGGGACCCUGAACGCCAAUUUCCCGGGCUUUCGGAAGGGUAUCAUGCCCCCCCAUGCGUUGGUGGGUGUGAAACUUAGCGCUGUUACGGCUUCCAUCAUGGACGCCUGCCGAACGGCCAUGGAGAUGCACGGCUUGGAGAACUUUCCCGCCAAUGAACGCAAGCUCAGGAUGAAGGUGCCCCAAAGCACAGAGGAGUUGGCAAAGCAAUACGAGAUCGGCACUGAUUUGACUUUCGCUUGUGAAAUAGAUGCUAUCGGUGUCCCGGGCAAAGCCACAUCGCUUGAUACGACAGCAGAGGGUCAAGAGACUGAUACUUAAGUGGAUUGAAGCUGCCGCACCAAAGAACACGAAUGGUACUACUGAGUAUAUGAAAGAAAAUAAGAAAGCGUAUGCAUGAUA